AUGUCGCGCACUCCCAAAUCUCAUGCAUUCCUGCUUUCCAAGCCACCGGCAACAUUCUUGUCCAAUAACAAAGCCGUGAUUGAUCGUCCAGUCAUCACAAAUUUGACCUUAUCCACUUCUCAACUCGACUCGCGUAUUUGGCACCGUAUAGAAAAGGAGCUCUAUUCACAUACAUCUCAGAAGUCAAAGCAGAAUGCAUGGGUCCAUGUCAAGAUAAUUGAUGAGGGGAAGAUCUCAGUGGAUGAUCUCAUAGUUACAGACGUGCGAGUGGGUGAUUCACCUCCUGACAUUAGCUCAGGUCUUUCAUGGGAGAGUCGACCUUUUGGAGUCUGGAUAUCAAGAGGUAACUUCACUGGUAAUAUCGGACAGGCCAUCACAGAGGUAGACGUCCUCUUUGGCAAGGAUGCCGUUGAUCCACGGCCCCACUGGCAUCUCAUGCAAUCGCCGCUGCAACUAAACGCUGAGCCCAAGACCCCAGAUGCAAGACUGACUGUACUUCAUGGAAGAGGCAGGCCAGGCUUGGACGCGCGACCGAUUUUGAGAGCUCAGGACGAUGGUAAAUUCAAAAUCGUUCAGCUCUCCGACACGCACAUGGUUACGGGCGAUGGGAUAUGCCGUGAUGCUAUCGAUGAGGAAGGCAGGAAACUUCCCGAAAGCGAUGCCGAUCCACUGACGGUCGACUUCAUUGAAAAGAUACUGGAUAUUGAGCACCCAGACCUGGUAGUGCUUACUGGAGAUCAGUUGCACCAUGACAUACCUGACAGUCAAUCUGCUCUCUUCAAGGUGGUUGCGCCAAUCAUCAAACGUUCCAUUCCGUUCGCGACCGUUUUUGGCAACCAUGAUAGUGAGGGCCGUCACGCAUUAUCGCGUACGGCACAGAUGUCAAUACUGCAGGAUUUGCCAUUUAGCCUCUGCGAACCAGGCCCUGAGCAUGUCGAUGGCAUUGGCAACUUUUGUCUCAAGAUUCUGGCCCCCGCCCCAUCAAGGUGCCCACUCUCAACCUUGUAUUUCUUGGAUUCCCACGGACAAAUACCUAGCGAGAUACACAAUCCUGAUUAUGAACCGAUUGCGCAAAACCAAAUUGAUUGGUUUACGGACAUCUCCAAAACGCAACGGACGGCACGUGAGAAGGACAGUGGAAACAGCGGCUUCUACCCGUCUCUUGUAUUCUUGCAUAUCCCAUUACCUGAAUUCGGUGAUCCUCAUCUCCUUGUGAGCAACGGUCGCCGGAGAGAACCAACGGAAGGCCCCAGCGUCAACUCUCACUUCUACGAUGCCUUGGUUAGAGAAGGGGUAUCGGCGGUAGGUUGUGGGCACGACCACGUUAAUGAUUUUUGCGCUAUCCUACCGUCUCACGAGCAGCAGGAUGUUGCCGGAAAACUUGGGGCUGGCCCGUAUCUUUGCUAUGGAGGCAGUUGUGGAUUUGGAGGGUAUUGUUCCUACGGCAGAGAUCGAUUUCAUCGAAGGAUGCGUAUAUGGGAACUUGAUACGGCUUCCGAUAGUUUGAAAACUUGGAAACGAGUUGAAUAUGCCAAAGAGAGAGUUGAUGAGCUGUGGCUUGUGCAAAAUGGGACGAUAGCUCUUCCACCUGAAGAGAAGCGAGACAAAGGCUGUGUCGUGGCUUGA